UAUAAAAAAAAUAAUGCCUAUGGAUACGGUGGUAGUAGUGCUGGUGGUGGUGGUGGUGGUAAUGGCCAUUAUGGAGGAUAUUAUCAAGGUGCUAGCCAAAAUGGCGGUGGUCUUGGUGGUUUGAUUGAUGUCGAUGUACAUAACCUAAACAAUGGUGGUAAACAUGUUGGUGUUCAUGUUCCAAUUUUCUACACAAUGGAUCUGGAUAAAGAUCCAUAUCGAAAAAAUCUUGGCCUAAGUAUUCUGGAUGGUCUUAUCAAAGUACGUGUCAAUGAUGAUCCAAGCUAUAAUAAAUCACCAUAUUCAUCAUCAUCAUCAUCAUAUGGUCGGCAUGUCGUUACAUGUUACAUUGUUUUGAAGAAAUGA